UGUUUGGGGGAGGAGCGAGAAACCGCGUGACCCGGAAGUGCACUUCUUUGGUACAAAAACAAUCAGGGACCUGCUUCCAGCUGAUCUGUCGAGAAUUCCGCCGUGAGCCAUGUCUCGUGCACGACAGCCUCCGCUAGUCACUGGCAUCUCACCGAAUGAGGGCACAUCAUGGACUAAAGUCACUAUCCGUGGAGAAAACCUGGGCACCGAAGCUGCGGACCUCGUUGGCCUGUCUAUCUGUGGGCAUAACUGUCUGCUGACGGCUGAAUGGAGGUCUGCCAGUAAGAUCGUGUGCCGUGUUGGUCCUGCUAAAGAUGGCAAGGGCGAGAUCAUCGUCACGACCAGGAGCGGAGGCCCCGGAACAUCCACCGUCUCCUUCAAAGUCCUCAAAGCUGAUAAGAUAGAUAUUCUAGAGCAAUCUGCUGUGUGGGUAGAUGAGGUGAAUUACUACGACCAGCGACUAAACCGGAACAAAGGCAUUUCCCCCCUGUCUCUCCGGCAGGCUGACCCACUGGGCAUCGAAUCUGAUAAGGGAAAAGUUCUUCAGAAAGAUUUGGAGAAUUUGUUUCCGGGGAUGAGUGGAGAUUUCACGAGUGAGAAUUUCUCCGCCACUUGGUACCUCAUUGAGAACCACACUGCAACCAGUUUUGAGCAGUUGCGCAUGGCAGUGGGAAAUCUGAAAAAGCAGGCAAGUAAGAAGAACGAAGGCAGUCUGGCCUGUGUGAAAGGAGGACUCAGUACUUUCUUUGAAGCCCAGGAUGCGCUGUCAGCUAUUCAUCAGAAGCUCGAGUCAGACGGCACUGAGAAGGUGGAGGGCUCCAUGACUCGGCAAUUAGAGAACGUCCUCAACAGGGCAAGCAAUACGGCGGACACUUUGUUUCAGGAGGUUUUGGGCCGAAAGGAUAAAGCCGACUCGACACGCAACGCCCUCAAUGUACUGCAGCGUUUCAAAUUCCUCUUCAACCUGCCACUCAACAUCGAGCGCAACAUCCAGAAGGGCGAUUAUGACGUGGUCAUUAAUGACUAUGAGAAAGCCAAGUCCCUGUUUGGAAAUACCGAGGUUCCCGUCUUUAAAAAAGUGUAUGCGGAGGUGGAAACCCGAAUCAGUGCUCUGAGGAAUUUACUGCUGGAUAAAUUACUGGAGAUGCCUUCUACGCUGCAUGAUCAGAAACGUUACAUCAGGUACCUGUCAGACUUGCAUGCUCCAGGUGACCCAGCAUGGCAGUGUAUCGUGGCCCAACACAAGUGGAUACUACAGCUGAUGCAGAACUGUAAAGAAGACUUCAUUAAAGAGCAGAAAGUGGGUGGUGGAGGGCUGGAGCUGGACGGAGAACCUCGCAUGUCAGCUCUGAGCAGAAUCAGUCACACUUCAUCUCUAAAUAGAGGCGGCAGCUUUCAGACGCCUAGAGACGACUCGUGGCACUACAAGAGCCCUCAGCAGGUCAGGUUCGUGGAGAAGCUAUCGGACGUUGUCAUCAGUCAGCUGCCGAGUUUCUGGAAACUGUGGAUCUCCUAUGUUAACGGCAGCCUUUUUAGCGAGACCGGGGAGAAGUCAGGUCAGGUGGAGAAGCUGAAGAAGAAUGCCAGACAGAGACAGAAUGACUUUAAAGGCAUGAUCGAGGAGGUGACUCGGCGUUUGGUUCAGCUGGUGCGUGGUGCUCUGUUGCCCAGUAGUCUUUCUGAGAAUGAGCUGCGUGUAUACGGGGGCUGGAACACCAAGAUCCCCCUCACUGGAACCUGGCUCACACAGAUCAUACACACCAUCAGGCUGAGUCACGAGGCUCUCUCGGCUUUAGAGAUUCCUAACGAUCUGUUGCAGGUGAUUCAGGAUUUGCUGCUUGACCUGCGUAUGCACUGCCUGCUCAUCACUCUGCAGCACACAGCAGAAGACGUCAAGAGACUUCCAGAGAAAGAAGACUGGAUUGUAGAUAACGAAGGAAUCACAUCACUGCCGGCCCAGUUUGAGCAGUGCAUGGUGCAGAUGCUGCAGUCCCUCAAGGAGCCCAUGGACUGCAAGCCUGGAGAGGUCAAUGUUUUUCAGCUGGAGCUAGCUCAGAAUAAAGCCUGUGAGCUGUGUGUGGGCAUCAUGAAGGUGUUCAUAAACUGUCUGGAGCAACUUAGCACCAAGACUGAUGGAGACAUUGAUACCUCCCAUUUGUCUGUGGAUAUGGCAUCACCCGAUCUCUUUGGAAGCGCUCACGAAGACGUUAGUCCAUCAUCAGAACAGCGCCUUCUCAUAAUCCUGAGUAACUGUCAGUAUUUGGAGAGACACACUUUCCUUAACCUUGCUGAACACCUGGAGAAACAUGGCUUCACCACAGCUGAAAAGAUCACCAGAGUGAGCAUCGAGGCAGUUCGUCAGUUGGAUGAACGACUGCUCGAGUCAUACAUUGAGAAGAAAUCUGAUCCCAUUGUGGGCUCUCUGGAGCCAGGAAUCUAUGCAGGCUACUUUGACUGGAAAGACUGCCUACUUCCUACAGGUGUACGAAGUUAUUUGAAGGAAGCUUUGGUCAGUAUCAUCUCUGUUCAUGCUGAGGUGUUCACCAUUUCUAAAGACUUGGUUUCACGUGUUCUGUCAAAGAUCGUUGAAUCUGUGGCUGAAGAGAUGAGCCGUCUAAUGCAGUGUGUGUCAUCCUUUAGCAAGAACGGUGCACUGCAGGCACGUUUGGAAAUCUGUGCACUGAAGGAUGCUGUAGUUUGUUACUUGACCCCAGAGAGCCAAGCCAGCUUUAAGCAAGCCGUCGAGGCCCUGCCACAGCUUCAGAGUGGAGCUGACAAGAAGCUGUUGGAGGAGUUGUUGAAUAAGUUUAAGAGCAGUAUGCAUUUUCAGCUCACCUGUUUCCAGCCUUCAUCUGUUCAGCCCAUCAAAAGAUAAGCCAAGAAUUUACACAGCGAAUAAACAUUAAUACAAAGUGCCAAGCAUUUCAGCCUACUAUUGCUAGUACAUCACUAAAAAGUUCAUUAUACUGGUAUACUACAUGAGUUAUGUUUACUGGUUGCAGUGUCCAUUAAAAGGAUCCGCGCUCAAAUAAUGUCUUUCUUCUGUCAUUAUAGAGAAGUUGGUCUGGGUGCUUUGGGUAUUAAACUGUGACGUCUAUUAAUAAAGGGGAAAUAAAAAGGGAGUCAUGUACAGAUGCCCAUCUGAUCUCGUUGAAAUGACUCAAUAACCAGAAUUAUUUUCAGACCACAGCUAGUCAACUUCAUAAUUAUUGGCACCCUUGAAGAGAAUAGCCAAUAAUUAAACAUUGCCCAGAAUGCACAGUUUUAAUUUCAUUAACUUAACAAUCUCUUUGGCAUUUCUCCGACAAUAAAUAUUUUCAAAAGACCUUCAUUUUUAAUAGAAGAAUUUUCUUUCAAAAGUAUGUGGCAAGUUUAUAGAUACCCCCAUAAACUUAAAUCUGUGGUUUAAGUUUAAUUGAAGAGGGCAGUCCAUAACAGGUGUAUAACCCUAAAAUGGUCUGCACUUAUAAAGCGCCUUUUAACCUUAGUGGAUCUACAAAGUGCUUUACACUGUUUCUCAUUCACCCAUCCACACACAAUGUGCAAGGCGCUAGCCUGCCAUCGGGAGGUCAAGGACACUUGAGGCAUGUGGAGUCACGUGGGCCGGGAAUCGUGCCGCCAUCCCUACGGUUAGUGGACGACCCGCUCUACCACCUGAUCCACAGCCGCCCCUGAUAAGAAUAUAUAGAAUAUAAAGAAUCUUCAUGUUCUGCGUGGAGAGGGUUGAACAUCCCCUACGAGUGUCUUUAAUCCAUGUUACAUUUCAGUAAUGGGUGCAGUUCUGUUAAUCUUGCCAGGGAGCCAAUAAUUCUGAAUUUGAUUGUAAAGAUAUAUUAAAACACAGAUUAUUCCCUUUGUUAUAUUAAUAAAAUUGUCCAUUAAUAGUUCAGUGAGUAAAAAUACUGUAUCGUUAAAAUUUACUCAUACCCUGCCUCCACCAUCAACGCACACACACGCACACACCCUGUCUGAGUACGGAUUCACACCCUGUCUGGUAUCAUACAGAAAGCCUCACACCCUGUCCCUCCCCAGCAUAUGGGAUACUUACUGUAUCACUGAGGCAAGGAUUUCCUAACUGAAAUCAAAAGUGAAGUAGACGUCUGUUGAUCAGCUGAGCUACGAAUGAGAAAUAAAGAAAAGAAACUUUAAAAGGAUACGAAAAGACAGAGUUGUGACAUGAUUAGCCUUUGUGUCAUCUCACUAGGAAAACUGAAGAACAAUUAGUUCAAAAAUUUAUUUAAAAAUUCAUUCAUUUUUCAGAGCUUUUUAAAAACUCAUUCAUGACAUUUCAAGUUAUUUCUGGGUAAUAGCACUGAGAUUGUCAGAAUGGUGUUAUUUCUGUUGUAUGCUACAUGUUGUGCUGAUUUGUAGCUUUUUGACAGAAUGAAAUGGGAAGGUGUUGAUGUUUAAACGUUAGGUGGAUAUGUUUAAAAACAUGUUAAAGAUGAAGCACCACGGGCAUUUAAAUGAAGUUUUGGGGGAAAUCUUCCUCGAAGGUGGUAUAAAAUGAGAAAAUAAAAUAAUAAGUCUAUUACAGAAAAACCCGGUGCUUAGUCACCAGUGAUCACAAAAGUGUGCCGUUUGAUGAGCUUAAAGCUGAUGCCAAGUCAGUUGACUUUUUCCUGUUUGUCUUUAUGACAUGUACUUACUGGAACUGCAAAUGUUCUGUGAAAUAACAUUCCAUCACUUUUUCUCAACGCUUCGAAUUUGAUUUGUUUAUUUACCUUUCUAUAAUUAGCACUCACCUACUUAACAUGCUCCUGUUUAAAGGAACCGGUUUACUGGAGGACUUUUUCAAAGCUCUGUGUGGUUUCAGGUAGCGUAGUGGGUGUAGGUUAAGGUGUUAAGGGAAGUUUUUCUGAUUUUGUCUUUCCAUUAUACGUAGGCAGAAGGAAGUUGAUCCAAACAUGUUUACACAGUUCUGUGUAAUCCCCACAGAGGGGAUGUAGAUUACAGAUUUCAAAUAUCAAGAUAUACUUAUGCUUGUUAUUUAUUCCCUAACCAUUUCAGUGCAUGUUGUAAUUUCUGAAUUAUGAUCUAGCUAAUAUACAGCGCUGUAUGUUUUCCAUAAAGGAUUUAAGGAGGUGUUUUUGGUUUGAAUUUUGCUUUAAAUUGUCUUUUUUUGCUGUUGUUUUAUGGGGGAAUGUUUUCUUUCUGGUGGAGUGUGAGAUGGUAAAACAAUUCUGUGUGUGUAAAAUAAUUGCUUAUGUCAAAGUAAUAAAGGAUAUGGUUCAUCUGUA